GUGAAUGCUCGUUCACCAUACUGUUUAGACACGGCGUCUCCAUCGUACGUAGAUAUAAUGAUGUUAAAUAUCUUAAGUGAAAGUGAAAGCAGACUAUUCUCGCUACUGGUGGAGGCUCUUUGAAACAUCACUAGUACGUAUAUUAUUUUGUGACCUAAAGUUAUAGACUGAAAGUAAGGGACAUAGUCAGCAACCGCCAGGUGUAUAGAAAGAAAUGAGGCCAUCCUUUAUUGUGCCAUUUAGCUAUCAACACAGUGAUCGUUCAUGUGUAUAGACUUGAAUAUCCUGUAUGUAUUAAAUGGAGAAGAAAUGGCAGGAUAUUGGAUAUUACCAGGAUUUAUUACUGGACAAUAACCGGAUAAACAUUCAUUUUAAUAAAACACAAUGGCUGAACAGACAUAUAAGGAAGUAUGUAGUAUUUGUUUAAACGACUUUCAGGAACCCAAAAUUAUUGAAUGUCAACACUCUUUCUGUUACAACUGUCUAGAUGAUUACGUUCACAGAACGUCAUCUAAUGGUCAGUUUCUUUGUCCACUUUGCCGUCAGAAUAUUAAACUUCCUGAAGCUGGUGUGAAGCAAAUGGCAAAUAACUCAACUCUACAAAUUCAACAAUGUGACGUGUGUUCAAACAAUCAAGCAACAUGUCGAUGUUGCGAUUGUCAACAACAUAUAUGUGAUUCAUGUAAAUCAAAGCAUGAUAAGUUUGUUGGUUGUAAAGGUCACCUUGUUGUCAGCGUACAUGAAAUUUCAAAACAAGACUUACAGCAAAAUAGCACUGAGAAUCCAGACGCAGGUGUAAAGGAAGACAUUUCAGAGCAAUCGAGCAGGAAGUACAUUCACCCUGAAGAUAACUGCUCAAAACACUCCGAAAAGAAGAUUGAAAUCUACUGUAAAGAUUGUUUGGUGGCGGUCUGCUUUAAAUGCUUUGUCAACGAGCACAACGGACAUACAUAUCUGGAUCUACAAGAAGACGAUGUGCGUGAACAAAUCAGAGACGAACUAAAAACAUUGAAAAUAGAAAUAGAAAAACAUAUCAACAAACUUCAAAAUCAUUCAACAUCUUUACAAAGUAAAUUAUCUGACGUGGAAGUAGCAGCCAAAUCGGCUUGUGAGAACGUUGAUACGCAUGUUAGAAACAUUUGUGCUAAAGUUCACGAAAUGGGAGAAAACGUAAAAGCAGAAAUCCAGAAAACAUACAGCGAUGAAAAUGAAAAAUUCACAAAGCUGAUGACAGACAUAAGCAAUCUAACUGAAGAUUUGCUAUCUGGUUUUAAAUGUUCCACCAAUAUUCUAGAAGAUACCUCAAUUGUUCAAGUUUUGGAGAGAUUGCCAAAUGUGCGCCAGGAAGCGGACGAAUGCCGUUCCAGAAAUUUUAAUAUCCCUGAUGUAAUGUAUCCAUCGUUUUCAGAAAUGGAGAUAAAUGAAAGAGUUCUACGAGAACAACUCGGUGAAGUAAAUAUACACCAUGAAACAAGAUUUAUUAACACGUUUAAUAUAAAUCAGUUAAAAUCUGCUGAAAGAGUAUUUAGUUCUGUUACAACAUUUCACGGGUUACCGUGGUGUGUCUAUGCAUCUAAAAUGUUGCCUGACGAAUCAAGAAAACAUGAAAUGUUGGGAGUUUUUCUAUGUUCAAAUAAAACAGGUCCACGUUCAGAUAUUUUAUCAUGUCAAGUUGAUAUCUCCCUGGAACUGAUCAACCAAACAGAUGAAAACAGAUCGAUAAGAAGACACGGUAUAAGUAGUUUAAAAGACUUUCAAGAUAGUCAAGUGUUGGGAUGUGGCAAUUGUAUUACCUGGGACAUAUUAACAAACGAAGACAGUGGGUUUAUAGAUUCUAACAACAACUUCAACAUACAAGUUAUAUUGAAACUAAUGAAUGUUGAAUUGGACUAAAGUCUUUGAAAUAUAAAUAAA